CGAAACCAUUCCUAGUUAUGGUACUUGUUUUGUUUUCCCAAACAUGAGAAGUUACGUGAGUGCUGCAUUUGCGUUCCUCUUGCUAUUGGUUGAAAUAAUUGCACAAAUUCAAUUAUGUUUGUCUGCAAAUUCAACCGUAUCCUGCAUAGAACGAGAGAGAGUAGCUCUUAUCAAUUUCAAAGAGUCCCUCCUCGAUCUAUCAAAUAGGCUUUCCUCUUGGGAAGGUACUGAUUGUUGCCAAUGGGAGGGAAUAGGAUGCGACGAUGUCUCUGGACAUGUUGUCAAACUUGAUCUCCAGAACCCUUGUGCCUGGUUAACAGAAGAUUUCAUUAUGCCAGUAAGAGAAUUAGUGAUGCUAAGAGAGUGUGACAAUCCCGUGGAGAAACUUGGGUUAAAAGGUCCUCAUAUUAAUUUGAGCCUGUUGCAGUUGGAAUACUUGACAUAUUUGGACCUCAGUGGAAAUGAUUUCAAUUCCAGUCCAAUACCAAUGUUCUUUGGUUCCAUGCAACACCUUGAGUAUCUAUCUCUCUAUUUUGCUAAUUUUGGCUGGAAAGUUCCCUCCAGUUUGGGAAAUCUUAAGAAGUUGUACCUUCUUGAUCUCGGUUUCAAUAAUUUUGAUAUACAAAACAACGACUUUAAUUGGAUCUCUCAACUUGAGUCGCUAGAACACCUUGGCAUGAGUGGGGUUUAUAAUGAUGGGGACACACACAAUUUGUUCCAGAACAUGUCAUCGCUUUCAUAUCUUGAUCUAUCAUACAAUGACCUUGGUCCAAUUCCUGAUGCUAUCAGAAACAUGACUUCCAUUCAAUUCAUUUACCUUUCUCAUAACAAUAUCACUUCAAUUCCAUCAUGGUUUCGUAGCUUCAACAAACUUGUGCGUCUUGAUCUUUCGGUCAAUGGGCUUCAUGGUCCAAUUCCUGAUGCUUUCCGGAACUUGACUUCUCUUCAGUUCCUUUACCUUUCUGAAAACGGCUUCACUUCAGUUCCUUCAUGGUUUUCUGAGUUGAAAAAACUUGUCUAUGUUUACCUUGAUUACAAUGAACUGACACUUAUGGAGUGCUCUCUUUCAUCAAUUCUCGAAAACAUGUGUCAUCUAAAGAUCUUGUAUUUAUCAAGUAACAAGCUUCAAGGAAAACCAUUUGGAAGCUACGAAUUAUCUGGAUGCAUUAGGUAUGAUUUGGAGGUACUGUAUUUAGACAGUAAUGAAUUCAGUGACGGCUUGCCAGCUUGGUUGGGGCAACUUGAAAAUCUGAAGUACCUUGAUCUCAAUUCAAAUUUUUUCCAUGGGCUCAUUCCCUCCUCUCUAGGAAAACUAUCAAAGUUGGAAGUACUCGAUCUGUCUUACAAUAAGAUGAAUGGGACCUUUCCAGGUAACAUUGCACAACUUGUUAAUUUAACUCGAUUAAACUUCCGUUCUAAUAAAUUCAAUGGUUUUAUCCCUCAAAGCCUUAGGGGACUUGUAAAUCUACAAUAUCUUGAUCUUUCAAACAAUUUUUACAGUGGAACCAUCCUUCAAAGCCUAGGGGAGCUUGUAAAUCUAUAUUAUCUUGAUCUUUCAAACAAUUCUUUCGAUGGUUCCAUUGGUCAAACUCUCACUCAACUUGUCAAUUUAAAUUUUGUAUCCAUUUCUUCUAAUAAAUUCUAUGGUUUUAUCCCUCAAAACCUAAGUAAACUUGUCAAUUUAUAUACGUUAUCCAUUUCUUCAAAUAAAUUCAAAGGUUUUAUCCCUCAAAGCCUAGGGGAGCUUUUAAAUCUUCAAUACCUUGAUCUUUCAAACAAUUUUCUCAGUGGUCCCAUUCCUCGAAGCCUCAGCCAACUUGUCUAUUUAUAUUGCUUACGUCUUUCUUCUAAUAAAUUAUAUGGUUUCAUCCCUCAAAGUCUAGGGGAGCUUGUAAAUCUAGACUAUCUUGAUAUUUCAAACAAUUCUUUGAAUGGCCCCAUUCCUCGAAGUCUCUGUCAACUUCCAUAUUUGGCUUACUUGGAUCUUUCUUCAAAUAAGUUGGACGGAAUAAUUUCUUUAGGACAUGAACGGUCUUCAAUUGCUACAAAUAUGGAGUAUUUGAAUCUCGCCAAUAACCAAAUCAGUGGUUCUCUUCAACAAAAUAUUGGGCACAUAAUGCCAAAGUUACUGAACUUGAUUCUUGGAAAUAACCUCAUAAAUGGUUCCAUACCAAUCUCGUUAUGCCAAACUCGUCUAUACAGCCUUGACCUUUCAAAGAAUAACUUAUCUGGUGAAAUUCCAAAUUGUUGGAAGCAAAAUGAGGGAUGGGAAUGGGUAGAAAUAAAUUUGUCAUACAACAAGCUAUCGGGUGCGUUUCCAAGCUCAUUCGUGAAUCUUUCCUCAUUGUUAUGGUUGCAUUUGAACAAUAACAGUCUUCAAGGGGAGCUUCCAAUGUCUUUGAGAAAUUUGAAGCAAUUGCUGAUUCUGGAUCUCGGUGAGAAUCACCUUUCUGGGAGUAUACCAUCAUGGAAUAAUAACUCUUUUCCUUCACUACAAAUUCUUAGAUUGCGGCAAAACAUGUUGAACGGUAGCAUUCCAUCACAACUAUGCCAACUCACAACAUUGCAAAUUUUGGACCUUUCCCGUAAUAAAUUAGGUGGUCUAAUACCGGGGUGCAUAGGCAAUAUUAGAGGAAUGACUCUAAACAAGCCAUUAGAUGAUGUUCUAAAGCCGCCAAUUAAUGAGUCUGCAUGGUCUAAUGAGGAAGUCAAAGAAGUCAUGAAAGGAAAGGAACUUGAUUACAUCAAAAUCUUGAAGUUAGUGGUAAACAUAGACUUGUCAGAAAAUAAUUUGGUUGGAUCCAUUCCAAAUGAAAUAACUUGGCUCACUGGAUUGCAUGGCUUGAAUUUGGCAAACAAUCGUUUGAAAGGACAGAUCCCUAAGAUGAUAGGGGAUAUGAAAUCACUGGAAUCAUUGGAUGUGUCACAUAACCUCCUUUCAGGCACAAUUCCAAAUAGCAUGAUAGCAUUAACUUCACUGAGUCAUUUAAACUUGUCGAACAAUAACCUUUCAGGACCAAUUCCCAAAGAUAACCACUUCUUAACUCUAAAUGACCCAUCUAUUUAUGCUGAAAACCCGUAUCUUUGUGGAUCUCCAAUUAUAAAAAAAUGUCCUGGUGCUGAUUUGCAUCGAGAUCCUGAAAGCAAAGGUAGUGAAGACGAUGAGAAAGAUAAAGUAGAAAAAAUAUGGUUCUUCUUUGUCACAGCAGUUGGCUUUGUAAUUGGUUUUUGGGGAGUUAUUGGUGUCUUGUUGCUGAAGAAGAGUCUUAGACGUGCUUACUUUAGAUGGGGAGAGGAGAAGGCAGACGAGAUUUAUGUGGCAUUGGUAAUAAAAAUGGCAAAGUUGAAGAAGUUGAUGGUGAUGAGAAAUUGCAUUCAUGGGUGACUGUUGUUUCUUUAUUCUCUCUUUUUGUAAAAUGUUUCUGCAGCAAAGUUGAAUUACGUUGCUUUCUUUUAUUUGCUUUCUAAUUUUAUCUUUUACAGUGUUUGGCUAUUGUGAUUUUAAACUUGCACUGAAUAAUUGCAUAUUUUUCAUUUGAC